AUGGUCACCGUCACCCUCGACCACACCGUGUUCCCGCACAUCAUCGAUCGCAUCCUCACCUAUGCGUCUCGGCCAGUUCUCGCCACCUGCCGUAUGACAUGCAAGGGCCUCCACAACGCUGUCGCCAAGGUACAGGCCCAACACCUCAUCCUGAGUCCUGGGGACGGAAAACAUUGCACGUACCUCAGCGUAACGACGCCGUACGGCCCACUCCCGGGACUGAAUGGUGUCUACUGCACACCCGACGUCAACAAAGCGAUCUCUGAGCUCAAGCGCUACACCGUCCACACGACUGUCCUUACCAUGGAAGGAUUCGUCAGCCCAGACAACGACCUCACGCUCCUGGCCAGCGCAUUCCCCAACCUCAAAAUGUAUCGCAUCGCUGAGGAACGCAUCGGAUUCAAUAACAACGAGGUCGUGUAUCUCAACUACACCCCCUACUAUCCCUUUCAAUGCCACACUCUGGUCAUUUUGGCCGACACUGACACUGUUCCCAACCCUGGAGCCCAUAUCGCGUGGGACCCAUAUCAUUGCAGUCAAUGCACCCCUGCCAAUGUGGAGCCAGCGAUACCGCCAGGAGUUACCAAGAUUGUGCUCAACUGGUGGUUGGAUACGAUGCACGUCGACCAUUUCGUGCCAUGGCUCCAACCCAACGACAACGGCUUCCCGUGUAUCGGCAACGUCCCUCCGUCCAUCGAGGACAUUGUCAUCAUCUUUCAAAGAUACAACACAAGCGUGCGGCCCCUACACUUCACAGGCGACGGUACGGAUUUCGACCGCCGAGUGACCCGCCUGAAUGUGACAUUCACACUUGUGGGGGUCGACGACACCUGUCAAGCUACUCUUCACAAAGCCCUGCGCCACAGGCUGUCGGACAGCUUUACGGAGGAGAAAGCCAAGGAAGAUUGUAUCGCCGACAUCCUCGAACACGUGAAGUUUCUCACGAUGGACGAAUACGCCAAGGGAGUUCAAAACAUCGAACUUGAGACCCAGGUUGAGCUUGACAAAACAAAGAAAAGUCACAACAAGGAUUGA